AUGGUAGACAGCCAACGGAAUGUAAUCCAACCUCUGGAUCUGGCAUGGGUUGAAUCGUCGCGUGUUAACUUACCAGCAGUGCAGAGGAGAGCAGCAACCCAUCUCAAGCGACGAUCUGUCAAGAAAGAUUGGCAAGCAGCUUGGUUUUUAAGAGCUGUUACUUGCUUAGAUUUAACCACCUUGUCUGGUGAUGAUACGGAAACGAAUGUAUCACGUCUCUGUUUCAAGGCCAAUAAUCCUAUCCGUCAAGACGUUCUUGAAAGCCUCCAAUUAAAAGACUUGAAAAUUACUACCGGAGCGGUAUGUGUCUACUCGUCUCGAGUCAAGGAUGCUGUUACCGCUAAUAAGAAUAAUCACUCACAAGUGCCCAUUGCUUCUGUAGCAGCUGGAUUUCCUGAUGGUCAAACACCUCUUCCUCAACGCCUAGAUGAAAUCAAAUACGCAGUCGAAGCUGGUGCAAGUGAAAUCGAUAUUGUCAUCACUCGAUGCUAUGUAUUAUCAGGCAAUUGGCAAGCUUUAUAUGAUGAAGUAGCUGCCUGCAAAAAAGCGUGUGGUAAUGCCCUGUUAAAAACGAUUAUUGCUACGGGACACUUAGGAACGUUGACCAAUGUGUAUAAAGCAAGCCUUGUCAGUAUGAUGGCUGGCUCAACUUUUAUUAAAACAUCGACAGGCAAAGAAGCAGUGAAUGCCACAUUCCCAGUUGCUCUUGUCAUGAUCAGGGCAAUACGUGAUUUUUACCAACGUACUGGAUACAAGGUCGGAUUUAAGCCAGCCGGAGGGAUUAGAAGCGCUAAAGAUUGCUUAAGUUGGCUUGCUCUGAUGAAGGAAGAGCUAGGAGACGAAUGGACACAACCCAAUCUAUUCCGUAUUGGAGCAAGUUCUUUGUUAGGUGAUAUUGAGAGACAGUUGUAUCAUUUCCAAACUGGAAGCAAAAGUAGCAAAAAUGCCAGUUAUCGUCACUGUCAAUGGCGGAUAUUGGCUUCCACUUAUUCUUCGUAA